UCCUGUGCUAUCACAUGUCCUUAAGCUGCACAGGAACCAGCACCACCGAAUCUUUUAUUGUCCGAUUGAUUCUCUCUUUUUAUAAUCACGUGGUAUGAAUGAAUUCGCCCCGUCUGCGUUGGGUACCAAAGAACACUGGGAUGCAGUUUACAGCCGAGAACUUAAGUCAUUCCAAGACUUUGGCGAUGAGGGAGAGAUAUGGUUUGGGGAAGGUAGCAUGGCACGAGUGGUCCGCUGGCUGAAAGCACAGAGCAUACCAUCCACUUCCUCAAUACUUGACAUUGGCACUGGGAAUGGCAUCUUGCUUGUAGAACUGGCAAAAUGUGGAUAUAGCGAUCUCACAGGUAUAGAUUACUGCAUGGAUGCUGUUGAGCUCGCGAGAAGCAUAUGUGAAAAGGAAGGUGUGUCUCAAAAUGUACAUUUAGAGGUAACAGACUUCCUAGUAGCAUUCCAUCCUUCAGAAAAGUUUGACAUUUGCCUGGAUAAAGGAACAUUUGAUGCAGUGAGUCUCGACCCUAGUGGAUCAGAAGAGAAGCGCAGGUCGUAUAUAGAGUCACUGUGCCGUGUUCUAAAACCACAAGGUCUCUUUAUCAUCACAUCCUGUAACUGGACCAGAGAAGAACUGUUAAAUCAGUUUGGUGAUGAAUUUGAAAUCACUGAUGAGUUGCCCACACCUACAUUUAAUUUUGGAGGCCAGUCUGGUAAAAGCGUUACUGCGUUAGUGUUUAAAAAGAAAAGUGACUCAUGAACAAAAGAACAUGAUAGCCUUUUGUAUAUAAAGUCAGACUUUAAACAUAUAUUUAUUAUAAUAAAUCUAUGCUCCUUGCG